AGCCUUGUAAAUUAUGUGAUGAGUUUUGGAGGUUAACUCAAAGGGGUGACGGUAAUACUAUUGAGUUUCCGUGCUUAUUGUUGACUAUCGUGGUUGAUAAUCGAAUACCAUUAUAAACCAAUUUAUGUUCGGAUCUUUUAAAAUAAUCAUUUGUUGUGGAUUUUAAAGUCUGCAAACACAGUAUCACUUAACUUCAUUUCAUCCACCGCAAUGACAAAUAAGAUCAAAUCUUAAAGUUUCCGAAAUUGCAUGUUCAACGCUGAAUUUAUUCCUACUUACAUGAUGGUUAUUCGGAGUAGAUCAUCAAAAAGUCGAAUUCAUCUACAUAAUUAUCCUUUCCUAUUGUUAACCUUUAAGUUUAUUACGACUAUUAUUUCCUUUAAGAGUUAUAAUGCGAUUCUGUGCUUCCAUUCGUCUAAGCUAAUGAAUAAUUAUGUACUGUAAAGUACAAUUUGCUACGUAGAAAACGAAAUACUGAGAUCCAUGUACUAGUAAUUAUUAGUAAAUAGAUCCCAGUAUAACGUAACAGUUUUAUGAAAUAUCAUUUAGCGAUAGAAAAUGAUUAACAGCGAUACAGUGAUAGACCUGGAUAUUUUAAUCAAUUAUACUAUAGCUCAUAUGUAAGCAAUGGCAAAAUUAGAUGCGUUUUGAUAACUUGUGUUGUGCUCGCUAAUUUGUGUGGAUGAAUCAAGGUUAUAAGAACAAGCUCAAAAACCUGGCGACGGAAAAAUCAUUUGCGUUUGCCAAGAAAACUUAUUAGGUCAGAAAAGAGUACCUCCUAAAUGAUGAAACUUUGAGAAUUCUCAUCUGAUUCAUCUUUUUACCAAUACAACUGUACUAAGGCGAUAACUAAGAGUUUAAGAUUAAUUUUCCUAUUUUCCUUAAACUUUUCAUGCGCUUGAGAGACACCAGUUGUUGGCAAAAAAAAAUUACUGGAAUUUCUUUAAGAAGGCAGCUUUUGGGCGAGACUAUAAUUUAUGUACGAACCAAUCAGAUUUACGAUAACAGGUCUUGAAUUUUUGUGCAAAAUUAAUUAGUUCAUUUGGCUAAAUAGAGUUUUGGCAUGAUAGCUGAUGCCCGUUCGUAAUGAAAACCUGAUAUCUAAUUCCUAUCCUUAACUAUCAACUGUAAACAUCAAUCAAAGUUCCUCACACAGGUUUAUAACCCUCAUUUAACCGCAGUAUGUUAGUGAACAUUCUCAAGGUCUUUUUAGCGUCGCCCAAAGGUCAUCCAUAAAUUAUAGUAUCAACCAGCCUUUGACUAACAACUAUCAAAAUUAAUCUUGGUAUAAAUUAGAAAGUAUUUCGACUGGUAGACCUCACCUCAUGGAUGUUUUUUCAGUUAUUUUCUCCAGGAUCUAUGAUAAAGCUUUAUAUAAAUGUGGACAAACAAUCAAAGUGGUGCUUUAGAAAAUCAUUUGAAUGGGUCUGGUGGACAAAACUUCGCAAAUAGCAGUAGUAGCUUAAGUUCAUAUGCAACGUUUAAUGAUUCUGAAUCAAGUCCGAUCCUUGAACAAAGGGACCCAAAGUCUAGUACUAAACUAUGGUUAUCCAAAACAGGCCUUAAUUGUCCAGUUUGUCAGCAUGAUUUCUGCUUUAGCUUGCUUUUGUGCACUAAUGGACAAGAACAAAAUGGAUUAGCAGAAAACUCGAUGAAAUUGGUUCGUGAGUUGCAUUCUAGACUUCAUGGUGUUUCACUUGAAUGUACCGUUCUGAGAUCGGAGCUUGAAGUUCUUUACAAAGCAUUUAAUUCAAAAUGUCAGGCAGUCAAGAUUUUGACGAAUAAUACAUUUCAGUCAGCUGAUGAAAAUGAUCAAAAACAAAAUACUGUUUACGCUUCAACCGUUGAAUUGGAAAAGGAAAUAAACAAACUGAAAAUAGACCUUGAAUUAAGUAAAGGUGCUCUGUUGUCCCAGCACCAGUCGUCUAAAGCAAAAGUUCAACAAUUAAAAAAUGAAAAUGAAAAUUUAAGAAGACAAUUAGAAAAUUUACAAUUUAAAACUGGACAAUUAUUAGAAGAAAAUAUGCAUCUUCUACAGAAGAACACAAUGUUAGUCUGUUCACCUACAUAUCAAGAACGAGUAGAAAAACCACCUGAAAUAACCAAUCCAGAUAAAAGUACCAAGUUUUAUCUGAAUAAAAAUUCAUUGGAAAAGUUAGCUGAUCAAGAUGUUCCCCUUACAUCAGAAGGUAUUCUUUAUGUACUAGAAAAUCGAAUUAAAUCACAAUUUCAUGAUAAAAGAACUUCAUUGCCUGAAAUGAAAACAAAUUUGAAAGAUGAUUCUAUUUCCCAGAACGGAUUUCAACUAUUUUUCAGUCGUUUACGUUCAUCUAAAUUAGAUAAGACGUUAAACGCUCAACAACAACAAGAACGGUCUCAUAAAUCUUUCUACAUCGAUAAAGAUAGUCAGUGUGAUUUUAAUUCACUCAUCCAUCAAAGUUCUGGUAUUCGUGAAAUCUCUAUCCCUUUAAAAUGUUUGUGUGUAAGUGAUUCGGAUGAAGCUUGUGAAUGCGCUCGAACUACUGUUAAUGUUCAACGACAACUUUUACAUUAUAAGUGCCAGUUGUCUGAAAUGACAAAAAGAAUCAAACAACUUGAACUAUCUGAGGAUGCCCAUCGACAUGCAUUGAAAGAACAAUACGAAAGAAACAAGCACAUGUCUGUUCAACUUACCGGAAUUCUCCCAUACACAUCUGAAGAAUUAUUGAAUUCUCCAAAUUAUGUAUUGUCUUCUCACUGUUCAUCAACAGUAAGGAAUUCAUUUGGAAAAUCCAAUUCUAGAAAAAAUAAUUCAAUAGUUUCGCAAACAUUAUCCACUACAGAAUCGUUUCAUAAUUUAUUAUUAUGGUUUCAUAAAAUUUUAAAAGCAACUUCAACCUCAUUGAGAAGUUUAUCGUCGUUUGAUAAUCAAUUAACAUUUGAUCAAGAUAAAAAUAGUUAUAGUGUUAUGGAAUCUAUACACUCGAAAUCGAAAUCUCCAACAUAUAUUAGAAAGUUUACUGGUAAUUCUAUGUCGGAAUCUUUAACACUACACAAUGAAUCAAGUCGAUGUCAAUAUGAAAAAGAUGCUUCAGUAGAUGGAAUUAAUAAAUUACGUGACAUUUCAAAUAAAGAACAAAUUAAUUUGGCUACAAAAAGAAAAAUAAGUCUGAAAGGUGUUAAGUCUACAUUCAAUUCUAUGCUAUCACAAUCAGAUGAUCUAACUAUAAGUGAUAAACUUAUUACUUUAGAUAACCAUAUAACAGGAAUAAAUGAUGAAUCGAUUGUACAAAAUCAAACGGUUUAUUCACGUAAAGUAAGUUCAUUUUUAAAAGGAAAUAACUAUUAAUAUGUUCAAAAACAUUUCAAGAGAAAUCCCGUCCGCGAAAUGGAUCAUCAUAAUUAGUGUAAACUAUAAACGAAUUGAUAUAGUUAAGUAGUACUAGAUAACUGGCUUUUCCACAUCUUUAUUUUCUUAUAAAUAAAAUUUGUUCCUUCAAAAGAACAAAGGAUGAUUACAAUUUGUUUUAUAUAUUGCUUGAACUGCAAAAUUGGUUAUAUUGUCAUUGAUUCUAGUAAAGUAAACAGUAGAAUACAACAAAACAAUUUACACAUACUUUUCAUUUCGUUGUGUAAGCUGUCAGAUACUUAAAGACUAGAUGUAUACAGGUUUGAUCAAAAUGUACGGAAAGAUACACUAAAUAGAUUUACUUUCAAUUUAUUUAACCUUUCGAUAUAAUGUACGCUGUUCCAAUCGGCAGUUUCAUUUUCAGAGUUGACUGAUUAUGUGAUAAAUUGUGUACAUUUUUACUGCCUAUCAGUUUUCUGCUCAGAAAUUUUCACCAGUUGUUUGGAUAUCAAUGUAAAACGAAAAUAUGUUUCAGACCAGUAGAAAAUUACCAGUGAGGAACUUUCCAAUAAUAUUGUGUGUGUGUAUCGAUAUACUAUUGUAAACAAAAUGUUAAACUUCGAAUGUAACAGACUUUGAGAACGGUAAUAAUACCUUGAAGGGAUGGCAAAAAUAAAACCCUGUCAAUCUGAAAAUAAUAAUAAAUAAAAUAAAUACUUGCUAGUAAAUAUUUGUAAAAUAAUGAAGAUUUUAAUAAUUAAUUUCACGAUGAGUUGUGUGAAUGUUAUUAGUUUUAAUUCCAUCAGUUAUAAUAAUUCUCUUUAGAUUUCCAGAUCAUCUUCUAUACAUGCCAAACAACUUAAGUCUCGAUGUCGAUCAAUGGAACAUGUUUCAUCGCCGAAAUUUUCUGAGGAAGAAAAUAUGAAUAUCAUGUUACUGCAUCAGCUUUUACUUCAGGUAAAUUGUUUUUAACAGAUCAAUUUAUGUACUACUUGUAAUUCAUUAGCAGUAGUAAGGCGUUUUAUUAGGAAUAAAUAUAUGAACUACAGACAUAUUUUCAACGUACCCAGUAAAUCUGUUGAUACUGACAGUACAUUAAUUCUACACCAUUAUACGGAAACUCAAAAAACUUACAACUCGAAGUUUCAAUCCUGGGUGAUGACGUCUUUAAACCAAUCGUGGACUUAUAUCACGUGUGUCAGAUGACCCAGAGUUUUCCACUAGUUUCAUAAAGUUAAUUUCUUUCUCCUAGUCGCCUAGUGGAGUAACAAACUCCUAGUCACUAAAUUUUCAUAAAUGACUACUACCUGGUUCAAAUGUGAAGAGAAAUUUUACGCUCUAACUAUAUAUACGAAAUCGUAUUGUUGUGGAUAAUGUUCACCGGUAAUAAAACAGGGGAGUACCUUAAUAUUUUCCUUCGUUCUUUAAAAAAAAUCCAUUUUUCAUCGUAUAUAUGGAGACAACAUACAUGGUACUUCGAUUUUUUUUGCAAUUUUAUCACAAAUUAGUUAACACAAUCACUGUAGUAGUUCACUGGUAUAUCACAGUUAUGAGAAAUACCUUGCAAGUAUAUGGUGGUCAGAAUGUAUGAAAUAUACUUGUUUAGAAAUUUCCUGAAUGUUAACUAGGAAGGAGAUUACUGAACAUCUCUAGUGCCAGAAACCUUCAUAGAAUAUUUCAGUCUCUCGAUAAGUUUAUUAAGGCACCUGAAGAUAAUAAAAAUAAGACACGUUUUCCUGAAAAAUAUAUAAAUUAGUCCAUAAGAUAUCCCAAUUAGAAUGGGAACACACUUUCUUAUCCUCCCAAAAAUAUUAUAAACUGAUGAGUAUGAGUUGGUACACAUUCAAUAUUUAUGUAAAGUAUCCCAAUAAUCCGCAUCACAGAUAAAAUUAAAGCAAAUAACCUCAUACAUGUAUCAUUUUACAAUAUUUCUAUUGCUAAAAAAUAACUCCUACGAAGGAAAAGUGACUGUUUCUUAAGUCCUCUUAAUAACUAUGAAGUUUAUGGUAGGGUUGAAUGUAGUAAUUUCUAUUACCUUGAUUUACUGAAAGGUUUUGUAUUCUUAUGUGUUAACUAGCUGAAAUGAGAAAGACCUUGUACCGAUUGACAGUAAACAUCUAGCAUCAAAAGCUGAGUCAAUAACAACGGUGGUCAGAUCCUAAAUCGAUCAACAGAAUAGGAUAAGCAAUUAGAACUAGAUGCAUAUGAUAUCACUUUUCUACUCAAGAGCACUAUCCUAAAACUUAAAUAGUUUAGAAAAGUUCCUAGGGAUCUAGUUUUUUAUGGUACUAAUUAAAACUAUUCGUUUUAUCUCAAGAUUUCACCAAAAAUAUAUUUAGUAGUUUAUCCAGUCUUUUUCGAGAGUGUACUUCAUUAGAUACCCUUUACUACCUAUAUUUUGACAGUGAAAGAAUUAGGUAUGUACCCAUCCAUUUCAAUAAUGAGAUAAACGUAGUUUGAAAUAAAAGAAUCUGAUAUGUUUCAGUCCAAGGUGCACCCAGUAAGAUUACUACUUUUUAAAAUUAGCAUUUCAACGAGUUUUAGAAUGGAACUCUUUCCCUAUUUAUUCAAAUGUGUAGAUGAACAAUGUUGCAGAACUUAUUGAGAAACAAAAUCUAAUGUGUGAUAAACGUGUUUGCCGUUCAUCUUCGGUCGUUACAUGAAAUUAUUAACAAGUUAUUCAGUUGGUUUCCUUUUCCGAUGAAAACCGAUUAACAAGUAGGUCUUCGUUACUUAACUUCUACAAGACUUUAUGUAUGCCAAUUCAUUAUGUGCUGAUAAAUAAGUUCCUUAUUCUUAACUCACUUACUUACUUACUUACGCCUG